AUGGAUGAUCUGUUCAGCCAACAAGAAGGACGCUCGUCGUCGGGCAGUUCCACCGGCCAGGUCACUCAUAGCGAGCCCUGGCCGUUGGCCGACGAGGACGCCAUCACAGACCCGAUCCGGCUGCUGCAGCAGUUGGAAACGCAGGUGGCACGUCAGCACCAUCACCGGCACCUGCGAAGCAGCCGCGAUCAUGUCAUUGUGUCGUUCGAAGACGAGCUAAGCCGACCGAGACUCCCUCCGCAUAGAGAUGUGAAAAACGUGCCUUCCGCUUACACGAUGAGUCAAAACGGUGAGCGGGAUUCGCCUAGCGACGCUAGCAGUAGCAUGUCUCCGACCGAUGACCGAGCCCCGCUGCUCAGCAAUGCCAAGUCGUCGUCCUCCAGCUCGAAAAAAGCCAACGGGAUCGCGUCCAAGAAGAACGGCAAUCCGCCCUCGAAGAAAGACGAAUCCAAAUCCAAGGAAAAGAAGGCAUCGCCGAUCGGUGCCAAAGCGAAAUCUGUGAAGAAGAGCAAAAAAGACGGAAAGCGGAAGAACAGCUUAGGUGACACAGCUGAGCUGAUGCCGAGCGUUCCCGAAGAAGGAGGUCACGACGGCCCGUUAGAAGUCAUCGUUGAACCCCGUCAUUUAGUCGAUCCACUUCAUCCGAGUCCACUUCAGACUUCACCAUCGCCACUUAUGGUCGGCUCAUCGAGUCUGCCCCCACCAGGAGUAGCGGCAUUCUCUCAGGCCAAGGAUUCCACCGUUAAGAGAACAGGAUCUCACCAAGCCACAAUCAUCAGCGCCAGCGCCAAGCAGAUCUCUGGAAAUGCGCUGGUGCCUCCCAGCACCACAGGUGGCGUAUUUUCUACGUCGUCUCAGCCCGGUUCCUCAAGCUAUCCAGCAGAUAACUCUGUUCUACAGAUUGUUAGCGAGAUAGUGGAGAACCACGAGUACCAGAUGGCACGAGCAGAAAAAGAAAGGAAGGAAGAGGAAGAUGACGAAGACGAAACCGAAUCAUCCGAAGAAGAAACCGAUGACGAACAUGAAGAAGGCGGAGAGGGUGGAGAAGCACCCGAAGGAGGGGGAGAACGGAAAAAAAGACGAAAAAAGCGGAAAAAGGAAGAGGAAAUCAACGACGAGCCCGAGGAAGACCCCUACGCUAAUCUAUCGCCCGAAGAAAGAGAAAAACUGGAGAAAGAACGAGCUAAAAUGUCCCAAAAAGGAGCAACAUGGGCCGGUCAAUGCGACCACGCUGAACUAUGCGUGAAGAUAAUGAACAUGUCUCGACGAGGAGAUUGGUUAGGAGUAGACGCUCUACUGAAACAUUGCGAAAAGAAUACCUUGCCACACGAUUUAGCCGAUGAGACAACCGGUUUCACACCCCUAAUGUACGCCGUGAAGGACAGCAGAGUAGGGAUAGCUGAUAAAUUCCUCGAUAUCGGACAGAACGUCAACGCCCGAGCGAAGGAUGGACAAACCGCGCUCCACCUCGCAGCUUAUCAUGUCAGGGAAGACAUGGUCCGACUACUCUUGAAUCGAAAGGCUGACCCAGCGAUCACCGAAAAUACGAAAGGGCACCUGCCCUUACAUGUACUAAGCUCCCGAGCGACCGGCGCCGCAAUCGUACCCUUGCAGUUGCUACUUCGAGCUGGAGACAAGAAUGUGCGGCUCAUGCCGGACAAGGAGGGCAACAUACCACUGUUCUUGGCUGUGGAAGUUGGCAAUCAUGGCGUUUGUCGCGACCUGCUGGGAGUCAGCACGAAAGAGCAAGUUACUUACGUCCACCCAACAACUGGGAACACCGCUCUGCACUUGGCGACGCGUCGGAAAGACCUUGACAUCAUGAGGUUUCUCGUGGAAUGUAACAGCCCGAUUAACCAUCAAAACCACGAAGGACAAACGCCCCUUCAUCUAGCGGCGGUUGCAGGCGACGAGCACGCCGUCAAACUUUUCUACAACUACAACGCCGAUCCGAAUCUCAUCGAUAACGAGGAUCGAACCGCCCUCCACAUAGCCACUCAGCAAGGGAACGUUGCCGUGGUCGAACUUUUGAUUGACAAGUACAAAGCCUCGCUACACCAUCGAACUAAGGAUGGUUCAACAUUGAUGCACAUCGCCGCAGAAGCCGGUAGACCAGAAGCCGCUCUAGUCUUCAUGAAAAAAGGCGUCCCGCUCCACAUGUCCAACAAAGCCGGCGCUAAAACGAUCCAUGUCGCGGCUCAGAAAGGAUUUGUAGAGGUAGUGAGGACGCUACUCCAACGAGGAGAGCAUGUAGAUGUGAAAACAAACGAUGGGCACACUGCUCUUCAUAUAGCAGUUACCCACGGACAGGCCCUAGUAGUCGAGACUCUUCUAGGCUUUGGAGCGGCUGUGCAGCUCAAAGCAGGAGCGAACGAAGAAACGCCUCUUCAUAUCGCCUCUAGGACAAAGGGAGGCGAUCAGAGCGCUGAGCUUCUUAUCAAGAGCGGAGCGGCCGUAAAUGCGAAAGAUACGAAUGGCGAAAUUCCAUUACAUUUCGCCGCACGAGAAGGACAUCUGAGGACUGUGAAGCUACUCCUCGCCGACAAAGCUAUCCCCGACUUGCUCAAUAAACGAGGCGAAAGUCCACUACACGUAGCGGUGGCGAAUUGUCAUUUCGAAGUGGCCCAAGCUCUACUUGACCACUGGGAUCGAAUGUGCGGCCCAGAUGCCGAAGAAGACGAGAAAUCCAAGCUUGCCAAUCAACGAAACAACAAUGGCGAGAACUCUCUCCAUUACGCCGCGACGAUUACCGAGAAACAAAAACAUUACCCGACCGAAGAUCGCGAUCUUAUGCGACUCUUGCUGGCGCAUGGAGGAGAUGUCGGCGCCGAAACGAAAACCGAAAUGGAAACACCAAUUCAUCACUGUGCUCGCACUGGGAACGUCGUCGUGUUGCAAGAAAUUCUCAACCGACUGACUCCUGCCGCGAUUCAACUCUGCUGCAAUCAGCAAUCUCGGAACGGAUGGGCUCCGCUACUGUAUGCCUGCGAUGCCGGACACCCCGAAUUGGCUCGCUUGUUGAUCCAGAACGGAGCCCGAGUGGAUAUGUUCGAUGAGAAAGGCCACGCGGCACUCCAUCUCGCUUGUGAAAACGGCCAUGAGGAUAUUGUGGACAUUCUGCUCGAGGCCAAGGCGUUUGUCAACGCCCGAUCCCAAAAAGGCGUCACGCCUAUGCAUAUGGCCAGCGAAUACGGUUAUGCGAACAUUGUUCGAAAGCUACACUCAUCGGGCUCUCUCAUCGAUGCCCUGAGUCUGAGCAAGAAGACUCCAUUGCAUUUGGCGGCGAGUAAAGGCCAAUUAGACGUAACGGCGUUGCUUGUCGACCUGGGAUCCGAUAUGUACGCGUUGGAUAGCCAAGGACAGACGCCGAUGAUGAUGGCAAUCGAAAACGAUCACUCGGAGAUCGUGAAGCUCUUCCUGAGAAAGAGACCAGAUUUGGCCACUAUGUCAAAUGCGAAAGGAUUCACUUGUGCUCAUAUCGCAGCCAUGAAGGGCUCUACAUCCGUCAUAAAAGAGCUUAUGAAGUUCAACAAAUCCAUCGUGACAAGUGCCAAGAACAAGACAACAGACUCUACACCCCUUCAUCUCGCGGCAGCUGGUGGUUACACCAAGGUAGUGAAGAUGUGUCUGGAGGCAGGAGCGAGUCCAACUGAGGAGAACUCUGACGGAGACACCCCACUUCAUCUGGCAGCUAAAAAUGGUCACGUCAGUGUGGCGCGCGUGUUGGCCCGGGAGGUGCCGUGGACGACAACAUCCAAGAAAACCGGAUUGACGGCCCUCCACGUGGCGGCCAACAAUGGACAGAUGGACUUCGUCAGAGAAAUGUUGACCGAGGUUCAAGCUGCGAUCGCCUCCCAACCGCUCCCGGACGGAGGGGGCGAUUACGGCAUGACGGCGCUACAUUUGGCUGCGGCUGCGGGCCACGAAGGUGUGGUCCGUAUGCUGCUUAACAGUACUGGAAUCAACGUCGACGCCGCCACCGUCAACGAAGGCAUGUACCCUCUGCACUUCGCUGCCCAGGGAGGACAUCUGGCGGUCGCUUCGUUGAUCCUAAGUCGCGCAGAACAGCAGUUGUCGUGUGUUGACAAAAUGGGAAGAACUCCGCUUCAUGUUGCGGCCGCAGCUGGCAAAAGAGAGAUGGUGGGCCUCUUGCAUUCCCAAGGCGCCGAAAUAAACGCAGCGGACAACAUGGGAUGGACAGCUCUGCACUAUUCCUCGAAAGAAGGGUUUCUGCCUGUUGUCAAGAUCCUUGUCGAAAAUGGAGCCACCGCCAAAGUACCAACGAAAGACGGAAAAGUUCCGCUCUGCUUGGCGGCGGCCGAAGGUCACUACGACAUAAUUUCGUACCUAUUGAAAAAAGACCACGACACGUCGGAUCUCAUGGAAGAUAAACAUUUCCUCAUCGAUCUUAUGGUCUCAGCAAAAGUUCACCAGAACAAACCGGUGAUCGACUUCAUUCUAGCAUCCCCGGCGCCCAUAGACACUGCGGUGAAGAUAGCCCGAUCGUAUGAGUUGCUGUCUCUCAAAGAAAAAGAGCGCGCGAUGGAACUAGAAGAAAUGUCGAAAUUCUGCGAUAAUCUUGCGAACGAACUUCUAUCCAUUGCCGCUUCGAAUAACAACACAGCGGCGUUACUCAGAGCCAUCGACAACCGCAACACCCCAUUCCUUGAUGUGCUCAUCGAGUUACAGCGAAAAUCUGUGGUUGCACACCCGGCCGUCCAGAAAUACUUGACCGAGCUGUGGAUGGGUUCUCACCAAUGGUCGAGCUCCAAGGUGCUAACGCUGUUUCUUGGGUUUUUGUUGUGUCCGCCUUUCUGGCUGGGAACGUCUCUAUUGUGCGGACAUAGAAUCGCCAAUGUUCCCAUCGUGAAAUUCAUGUCGUACCUCGUAUCCCACAUCUUCUUCGUUAUGGUCCUCUCGAUAACGAUCAUCAAUCCCUGGAACCCCCUGUACAACUCCACGGAUUUGAUACCCCAUUGGAACGAGUGGUUAUUAUUAAUCUGGCUCCUGGGAAUGUUCAUCGCGGAACUCACGAAUCCUUCCGAUCGUGAGGGAUUGGGUUACAUCAAAACAGUCGUUUUGUUUGUAUCAGCGUUCGCCAUCAUGGUACACGUGGGAGCUUUCUUGUUCAAAGAGAACAAUCCACGUUUGAUAUGUCUCUACGUGAGAAAUCAACUAUUCGCUGUAGCGUUGCUACUGAGUUUCCUGGAGUUCCUGAACUUCUUAACAUUCCAUCACUUGUUCGGACCGUGGGCGGUCAUCAUUCGGGAUCUCAUCAAGGAUCUCAUGCGUUUCCUGGCCAUCCUGCUCAUCUUCUUGGUGGGCUUCUCGCUGAACAUGUGUGCAGUCUAUCAGCCCGUGUUCAAACCCGACACCGGCGCAGGAAACGUAACUCUGCCAAUGCUCGGAGCAGAGUUCCAAUCGCCUCUGAACACAUUCGAAAUGUUGUUCUUCUCGUUGUUCGGUCUCGUAGAACCCGAUUACAUGCCGCCACUGCAUUUGUCUCCUGCAUUCUCUAAAAUCAUAGUCAAGAUCGUCUUCGGAGUGUACAUGAUGGUGACAGUCGUUGUCCUCAUCAAUCUCCUGAUUGCUAUGAUGUCCGAUACGUACCAACGUAUUCAAGCUCAAUCGGACACCGAAUGGAAAUUCGGUCGAGCCAAACUCAUACGAAACAUGAAAAAAGCGUCGUCGUCGCCGUCACCAGCGAACGUGGUGACGUUCGUGCCGGAGCUCGUCAUGGAACGAUGCAGUGGCAACAAAAAGAGCAAGGGCGGACUCCUCGGCAUGGGCAGUCUCGCUCACAUGAACAAAGACAUGGGUUCGAGCAUGAGCACCGGCAGUAGAGCCAGCUCUGGCCGUCAGAUGAGACGCGUUGUGCCGCUAGAGGAAAUGGUAUACGGAAUGAACAAGCUGAGCAACGUGGUUGAUUGGCCAGCUAUUUCCUCGAAGUACCUCGACGUACGACGAGCAUCGUUGUCCGUCGUAGAAUCCUUACAACACUCGAUGCCACAGAGAGAAUGA